AUGGAUCCAUUCUCGAAACUCCCAUCGCUUGUUCAGACGGAGAUUCUUUUUCAUCUCCAGUCUGAUGCAAGUGUCAAGAAGGUAAUUCAAGCCUCGCCCUCUAUGCUAUGGCAUUUCGUCACUUACAAGAAAAGUGCCAUCCGCUAUAUCCUGAACGGCAUCGUUCCUUUUCGCACUUCUGGCGAUAUACUUAGUGAUGCUCUGAUAAUUAUCGAUAUUUCAGAUCAAGCGUCGGCCAAAAGAUACAAAGAAACAAAAUUCUGGCAAAGCAGGAAGCUGCCGAAGGACUUCACCGUUGAGCAGCUUCAGAUCCUCUGGCGCUUUUUUACCCGAAUAGUCCUCUUCAUUGAAGACUAUACCUCAAAAGCAACAAGCGUCUAUCCUCCCAGAGCUUACCUUGGCAUCCCAGAUGUGGUGGACGGCAGCGGAAGCUACUUUAAAGAGCAGAGACUAGAAACCGAGGUCGUCAAGUUCGCAGCCCUAACAAAUGCUGAGCGGCAUAGGUUCCUAUCUGCCUUUACAAGAUAUGAGCUGCUUUGCAAGAUCUUUCAUCUGUGGGAUACAGAUUACGAAGAACAAUUGGCGACAAGAAGACGACUGGCUGCAAUGUGCCGAGACUCUGAUUGUAGGAUACUACUGUCCGUUCAUGAAUACUAUACAGCUCUCUACGGAGCUUUGUUCGCGCAUGGUGCGAAUGCUUGGUUACCGGAUAUACCCGAGCUGUCCAGGACAGGGCCGUCGGCUGGGCAUUUUGUCCCCUCUGAUUACGGAUUACUAUUCCCUGACAAUACGUACCUCGAUGCUAGAGAGUAUGAGAAAGACAUGGAUACAAACGGACUUCAUUUGGCCCGAUCGUUGCCCUCUUGCGGUCUAGAUUGCUCAAUGCAAAUACUGGUUUGUGUAAGAAAGGAGUCAUGGCACGACUCCAUUCUUAGAACCUGGCUACGGACGUUACCUUAUUCGCAGUCGAUUUCAUGGACCAAACUUCUCCCCGAUAGCCUCACUGAGACGGAAUUUCACUGCUACAGUCAAACGCGGGUAGAUCAGCAAGGCCGCAGCGCCAUCAAUUGGGGCAGAGUCACGACAUUCACGCUUGGGAAUCAACGCCACGAGAAGUUGAAAGCGAUCCAACUUGCCACUUACCGGCAACGAGCUUGGGGUCUAUUUGAUAACGACAGGCUGUAUGCGAAGCAUACCAACCAUUUCCCAAAUUUUGAUGAUCUUGAUCGAAUGCGCAGGGAAUUUUCGGAGGACCGGUUUCGUGCGCCUAUGCUAGAGCGCAAGCAUAGGAGGUCCCAGAAAUGGCAGAAUUUUGAGGAGGUCUUGUAUACCCCGCGUACACCAUACAGUCAUAAGGAAGCUAUUGCUGAUAGAGACACUAUUGUUGGGCAUUUGGGGCCUAGCGUUAGAUUUUUUGGUGCCCCUAAUCAGAAGCUGCCUAAUAACAUUAGGGAAGAUUGGCGACAGGUUGCUUAUUGA